AUGGAGCUCCCGGUUCGAACUGCUGCUUCUGAUGAGAAAAUGGAGAUGUACGCAACUGGCUUCAACGCGUGGAAUCAGCUCACAUUCGACUCUUUGCCAACGGACGAAGAGCCUGAUGACCUAUUCUCGUUUACGAAAGUUCUAGGAACUGGAUCUAUUGGAAGGAUUGUUCCUGAAAUGAGCUAUACUGCUGUUCAACAAGAUGACAACUGGAUUCUUGCUGGAUCAUUCUCCAACAAGCUUCUUUAUUAUAAAGACAGUACAACAUGCCUAUUUGAUUCGCUAGGUGCCAUUUCAGGAGAUGGAAAGAUCCUAACAAUUCAAACCCUGGAUUCUUUACACUCAACUCAAGCCCUUGUUCAGUAUCCAUCUUUGACUGCAUGGAAAGCCAGCAAGAGUACCGACACAUGGCCUCGCGAUUCUCUUAUUCGCCAAACAGUAGCUUAUGAUGCUGGUUUCGUGAUUCUGCUCCAAGAUGGGACAGUUCUAAGCUGUGGUGACCCGCGAUUUCGAGACUGCCUUGGCCGCGAGGUCAACGAGUCCUGCCCUGCCCAUGUUCCAAGCAUUAUAGAAGAUCUGAGUGAUCUUGGAGAACCAGUAAAGACAAUUGCUGCAGGAGGAUACACUGUUGCAGCGCUGACAGACAGUGGUGGCUUAUACGUCUGGGGCAUGAAACCGCCUGGCUCGCAAAGUCGACGCAGCGCAUUUGCUGAGCUCAACUCUAUACCAAAUUAUGUCGAAGUUGAUGGGGAAAUGGAUGUGCAGGACAUUGCAAUUGGGGAAUCACAUGCCAUUGCGUUGACUACUGAUGGCUGCAUCUACGUGGUGGGUGAUAACACCAACGGACAGAUUGGACUUGACAAGGACGAGAAGGAUUUUAUUGAAUCAUGGCACAAGAUAAAUUUCAUACCUCAUCCAGGUUGGGAGGCUGUCGCGGUUGAGGCUGGUCCCAGGUCAUCAUUCAUAGUCACAGCAAAGGCGAAGCACUCUCAAAGCUCGAAAUGA